ACACUGCUUCCAAUCCACUGAGCUAUCCAAACGCUUGCUGUGGAGUCACAGCAGUGCUAAUCGGCUUCGUUAAACUACUUAUCCUCAUCUUCACCGCUCCAAGCUUGUCCUAGAUACAUCUUACAUCCACGAUAUACACGACAAACUCAGUUCAGAACGACCAAGACCCCAUGCCCCACGUCCCCAAGAAGGCCCAAAAACUCGGCCGAGCGCUCAAAACAGCCGCCAAGUUCCCAGUUCGCGUGUCGGGUGGACGUGGGUCUGGAAGAGCCCAUCUCUCACCGUCUCCUGGAGAAUGCCCCGUUGCGGUGCUCAGAGUGCGGGUGAUGGCGUGCAGAGACCUGGCAAUGAGAGGCAGGGGUGUCAUGUGUGAUCCAUUUGUCGUCGUAUCUCUCCUCAACACCCGACAUCACACACCCGUCCUCAAGCGAACCUCCAACCCGGACUUUUCCAUCAAGGACGCGACGUUCGAUUUCCCUUUGUACCUCUCCCUCGCAGAUCGGCUCGGUGCACUCGAGAUCGUAGUGUGGGACAAGGAUGGGAUGAUCAAGAAGGAAUAUUUGGGUGAAGUGCCACUGCCACUGGAGGAUUGGUUCCCGGAGGAACAGGGAGGAUUUGGGUUCUAUGACGAAGGCAACAAGCCUCUUUCUCUCAAACUCGUAUCCACACGUGCGGCAACAUACCCCUUCGGUUCCGUUAAGGUCAAACUCGGAUUCAUUGCGCCUCCACUGUCGCCUGCCAACGGUGGCGGUGGCGGUAAUGGCGGUGGAACGCAAACAAUGGGCUUCGAACAGGUAUAUGCGGAGUUUAGCAGGCGCUCGAGACCGUCGCUUGUGUCUGCGCCUCCGACGGAGGGCAUAGGCACGCUGCGGUCCCACUUAACUGGACCAGCCUUCGAAGACGACGGCGGCAUAAGUUCCGAUGACGAAGAUGACGGAAGCUCAGACGACGAAGACUUCGACGAGCCGUCCUUUCCACGUUUAACCCGUCUCCUUAUUCCUUCGUUUCCCUCGUCUUCGGCCAGAGACAGAGUCGAACAUGGGGGGCAGAGCGGGCGAUCACCGAACACGGCAAGACCCUCACCGAACUUGGAUACUGCAACUGCGACUCCGACACCUAUCACUCCUACGGGUAAGACCAAGUUGCCGAGAUUAUUUCCGAGAAGACCUCCGUUGUCUACACGACCUUCGUAUGAGGUUGCGCCUACCCCGUCUGCUUCAUCAGGUGGCAGCAGCAGCAGUAGCAGUGCGAGUGGUAGUGCCAGUGCUGGCACUAUUGGUACAUCUGGUACUAUUGACGUCGCUGCUGCUGCUGCUGCGGUUGGUGAUGUCCCCGCCAUCACUGUUGCCCCUGCACCCUUGUCCUCCGCAGCUCCAUCCCCUCCUACAGUAGUUUUGUCCCCAGGAAGCGGACACCGUCGGUCCAUGAGCGCUGGCGCAAUCCCGACGCUGACAAAUCACAAGAUGAAGUUCAGCCGUAAAUCAAGCGCAGCCCAGAAUAAUUACGAAUAUAAUUUUUCGACGGCGAAUGAUAUCGUUGGGAUCGUGAUGUUGGAGAUACAGGGUGCGACGGAUUUGCCGAAAUUGAAGAAUAUGACAAGGACGGGUUGGGACAUGGACCCUUUUGUAGUGAUCUCCUUUGGGAAGAAAGUCUUCCGCACUCGCGUCAUCCGGCACUCUCUCAACCCCGUAUGGGACGAGAAACUGCUCUUCCACGUCCGUCGAUACGAGACCUCGUUCAAAGUCAUGCUCACAGUCCUAGACUGGGACAAACUCUCUUCAAACGACUACGUCGGCGACGCCAAGUUUGACGUUUCUGAACUUGUCAAGGAUGCGCCUCAGCCGCGGGCCGGACUUGGGUUGUAUGACUUGGACGAGGACGGAAGUCAUCCGAUGAAGGAGUUUAGCUUACCGCUUGGAACGUCGAAGGAAGUGGGCUGGGAGGCGAAACAUACGCCAAUGUUACAUUUCAGGGCCAAAUUCCAGCCAUAUGCGUUACUUCGACAACGGUUCUGGGCACAGUAUCUCAAACAAUACGACGCAGACGAUACGGACACGCUUUCACAUAUCGAACUGACUUCGAUGUUGGAUUCCCUCGGCUCGACACUAUCCCCGCAAACUAUCGAUUCGUUCUUCAUAAGACACGAUAAACGCCCCAUAGAGGACGAGUUAACGUUCCCAGAGGCCAUUCAUUCUCUUGAGGCAGAGUUGUGCAGACCCAAGAGCGAGAAGAAACGAUUGAACACGGAGGAUAGCUUCCCGGAUAGUUCGCCGGAGACGCCUGGGGGAGGUGUGGUCGCAGUAGGUGACGAGCCAGGUGGUCUAUGUGGGAGUGGAAGACCGUUUUUGUUGGAUGAGUUGGAUUUCUCGGGGCUGUCAUUGGGCACAGCGUUGAUGCAUGGGAAUGAGUCGACGAUGUCGACGUACGUGGAGACGUAUUCGACGGAGCCGAGUGAACGUCCGCUCGUACAAGUGGCGGAACCGCUAUCGACGACGUUUAGCUCAUUUACAUCGCCUUCGGGAUGGGGAGGAGGAGGAAGACAAGACUCGUAUCCUUCUUCCGAGCCGGAAGACAUGGGUUCUGCGACGUCGACGGUCGGAGAAGAUCGCUUCGAACGAGUGAUCAACGUGAAGAAUUGUCCGUUGUGUCAUCGACCUAGGAUGAAUUCGAAAGGGGAGGUAGAUAUCGUGACGCAUCUUGCGAUUUGUGCUAGUAAAGAUUGGGCGAGAGUCGAUAGAAUUGUCGUGGGCAAUUUCGUGACUGCAAGUCAGGCGCAGAGAAAGUGGUACACGAAAAUUAUCACUAAGGUGUCGAGUGGUAAUUAUAAACUUGGAGCGAAUUCUGCGAAUAUCAUUGUGCAGAAUCGCAUGACUGGACAGUUGGAAGAGGAAAAGAUGCAAGUUUACGUUCGACUCGGGAUUCGAUUGUUGUACAAAGGAGCUCGGGGGAGAAUGGAAGGUGCUAGGGCGCGUCGACUGCUCAAGUCGUUGACGAUCAAGCAGGGUAUGAAAUACGACUCACCCGAGUCCGUCCGGGACAUACAACCCUUCAUCGAUUUCCAUAAACUUGACGUGCGCGAGAUCCUCGAACCAGUCGAGUCCUUUAAAACUUUCAAUGAGUUCUUUUAUCGGAAACUUAAACCGACAGCCCGACCACUCGACAACCCCGACGACCCCUGCCGACUGGUCAGCGCAGCUGACUGUCGUCUCAUGGUGUUCGAGAAUGUAUCAGAUGCAACGCGUCUAUGGAUCAAGGGGAGGGAGUUUACGAUCGCAAGAUUACUCGGUGACGGUCACAGGGAUGAGGCGGAGCGGUAUACCCAUGGCUCGUUGGCGAUCUUCCGUCUUGCACCACAGGAUUACCAUCGGUUCCAUAUACCAGUCGAUGGAACAAUUGGGAAAAUGACGGAUAUUUCUGGAGAGUAUUAUACUGUCAAUCCUCAAGCUAUCCGCAGUGCGCUGGACGUGUACGGCGAGAAUGCAAGGAAGAUUAUACCCAUAGAUAGUCCCCAGUUCGGACGCGUUAUGGCAGUGUGCGUGGGUGCGAUGAUGGUGGGGAGCAUUCGAACAGUGGUGCACGAGGGACAGGGGGUGUCGAGAGGAGACGAAUUGGGGUAUUUUGCGUUUGGCGGUUCGACGAUCGUCAUGCUGUUCGAGAAGGGGAUGGUGGAGUGGGACGAGGAUCUACUAAUUAAUGGGCGUGCCUCGCUGGAGACACUUGUCCGUGUGGGGAUGGGCAUUGGACGAUGCCGAAACCGAUUUGCGAACGGGAGCUAUUUCAGAUCGUCAUGAGGGGGAUCCAGGGUAGAGCAGGGCGACGAUGUAGGAGGUGAUUAUUGGAUAUAAAUUGAAGGCAAGGAUGGAUUCACUUUGGCAAUUAACAAUACCACAUUGCAUAAUUCGUC